AGAAGAGAGAUCGAUAGUUUCGCGCGCACUUGCCCUGGUGAGCUGCGCGUCGAUCGUCAUCUGUUUCACGUCCAUUGUUUACACCUGUCUGGUUGCGCGCUAGGAGUCCGCCCGUUAUCAGACUCCAGGGCUAAGGAAUGUUUCGCGAGUGAAGAAACUAGACCCGAAAAUGCCACUGAACGCAGACGUGUCAACUGCCCUCCAGUUGUUGGAGGGCAUUCAGCAAUCAAUACAAUCCUGCGAUGAUCCCAAAUUGGAGGCUCAUGCUGCCGCUGACCUGAACCUCUUGAUCUCGGUGCUUGAAAACCCAGUAUUUAGAGGCAUCUGCACAAUGCAGGAUGCAUUGGGCGCGCUUAACAACCAGAUCCAAGCACACCCAUCCCUCUUACCGGGCGAUUUUGACCUUGACCCAGUUGGACACUUGGUUCUCAAAGUUAAUGAAGCCAAUGCUGGAGUUAUGUUUGAAGGAAGAGGUUUUGAGCCAGACGACCAAAGAGUUCCAGUAGCCAAGCUAUCUGUGAGCUCAUCAUCAGGAGAUGCUAAUUCGCCACUGCAGGUCACAAGUCCAAGUAUGAUGGUACUUGGGGAUGGAAUUCCACAGACGCCAAUAGUAACGCCUGCUUAUUCGCUUGAAUUCCAAAAGGCUAUUGAGGCAGCUGCAAUGGGCAGAGACGUGCACUGUAUUAAACUCUACAAACCUGAAGGCAGCAGUUUAGGGUUCAGUGUUGUAGGCGUCAACACGCAGGAUCAAGCAGAGCUUGGAAUAUUUGUCCAAGAAAUUCAACAUUCUGGCAUUGCUGGACGCUGCUUUAGGGAAAUAGACGGCCGUCUUCAAGUACAAGACCAAAUCCUCGCCAUCGAUGGACAACCGCUGGACGCUGACAUUUCUCACCAGCAGGCCAUUAGCAUCCUGCAGCAGGCGCGUGGCUUGGUGGAGCUGGUGAUCGCACGUCCGAGACCAUCAUCCGUGCUUGAUCAAUCUUCGUUACCUGCGUCUCUUACGCCUACCUCGCCUGCGGUAGCGCGCUCACCUUCGGCUACAUCGGACACAUCCAAGGCGGGAUCAGACAUGGUGCUGAACACCGAGUGGGCGCAAGUUGAAGUGAUCGACCUGGUGAAUGAUGGAUCGGGACUUGGGUUCGGCAUCAUCGGAGGGCGCAGCACUGGAGUCGUGGUCAAGACCAUCUUGCCUGGAGGCGUCGCUGACCGGGAUGCUCGACUGCAGAGCGGCGACCACAUUCUGCAGAUCGGCGAAGUCAACCUGCGCGGAAUGGGUUCAGAACAGGUGGCGGCCGUGCUGCGCCAAUCCGGGUCCCACGUGCGACUGGUUGUUGCCCGGCCAGUGGAGCCCACCUCGCCCGACUACCAAGCCAUUGGUAGCCACGCUCCGAUCGUGCCAACUAAGAUCCUGGGAGACGCCGAGGAGCUGGACCGACACCUCAUCCAGAACGGCUACGGCAAACCCAUUUCUUCCACUUCCACCAUGCCCUCUGACCUCGAGUACAACCGCGAGCUCUACAUUUACAAUCAGACGCACGACGGUGGCGAGAUCGAGCUGCAUCCACAGCCAGGAACUCUGAUGGACGUGGUGGGCAGCCAGCUGCCAGAUAUUUCAAUGGGCCUAUUGGGCUCGGAAGACUCGUCAGAGUCGCUCCCAGAAAUGGAUGUCUUCGAGGUUGAACUAAAGAAAGACUCUCACGGUCUCGGCAUUACCAUCGCCGGUUACGUCUGUGAAAAGGAGGAGCUGUCUGGAAUUUUCGUGAAGAGCAUAAGCAAGGGCAGCGCGGCGGAUUUGUGCCGGAAAAUCCAAGUCAACGACCGCAUCGUUGAAGUAGAUGGCCAGAGUUUGCAGGGCUUCAACAAUCACCAGGCAGUUGAGGUGCUGAGGGCAACUGGCCAGCUGGUUUGCCUUCGGCUCGAGCGCUACUUGCGCGGCCCCAAAUUUGAACAACUGCAGCAAGCAAUCGCUAACUCGGAGAAACCCACAACGCCCAACUCGCCUUCCAUUGUGUCGCUUCCACACGUUCCAAUUAGCUCAGCAGCAGAGACCGAAACCAUUAUUGAGCCUGACGGAGAGUCAAGAACCACUAUUGACUCGAUGUUUCUCCACGAAUCUACUUUAGGCCUGGAUUUGAACUCCGUAGAAGCCAGCAAUCCUUUAGUAGCGCUGGCCAAUGUCGAGAAACUGAUAGACCAACAGUUCGAUGGAGAAAUAUCGCCGGCUGUUGAAGACGCUUUGAUCGCCAAGUGGAGUCAAAUCAUGGGAACAGAAGCCGAAAUAGUGGUUGCUCAAUUGUCUAAGGGAGAAGGUGGAGGUCUCGGCAUCAGCCUUGAAGGGACCGUUGAUGUUGAAGGCGGGCUGGAGGUUCGACCGCACCAUUACAUUCGCUCAAUUCUGCCCGACGGGCCAGUCGGCAAAAACAAUCGGCUCAAGAGUGGGGAUGAACUCCUCGAGGUUAACGGCCGCAGACUUCUAGGCCUGAACCACGUGGAGGUAGUGUCAAUUCUAAAAGAUCUGCCUCUGCAUGUUCGGAUGGUUUGCGCAAGGAAACCAGGUGAAUCUGCACGCGUCAUUGACACGUCGCAAGAUCGCGCAGCCUUUGUCUCAAGGAGCAUCUUGGGUGGAAGUCUUCAGAAUUUAAUCCCAGCCUCUGAUCGGCUCGUGAAGGCCAAAUCUGAUGGCUCGUUGGCGUCCUCAGCCACCGUGGGAACAGACUCAAACAGUUUUUCACGCAUGAAAUCUCGUUCUCUUGAACCACUCACUGGUCUGGCAAUGUGGAGCUCUGAGCCACAAGUCAUUGAAUUGGUGAAGGGCGAUCGGGGCCUUGGAUUUAGCAUCCUUGACUAUCAGGAGCCAGAAAUGACGAGCAGCGCGUGUCGCUUUUCGCAGGACCCGAUGAACCCGGUGGAAACUGUCAUCGUGAUCCGCAGUCUGGUGCCGGGCGGCGUGGCACAGCAGGACGGUCGGCUCAUCCCAGGCGACCGGCUGCUGUUCGUCAACAACACGAGCCUGGAGAACGCGUCGCUCGACCGGGCCGUGCAAGCUUUAAAGGGCGCGUCGCGCGGCGUGGUGCGCAUCGGAGUGGCCAAGCCGCUUCCCCUGCCGGAUACAACCGGUGGCUCCUCACCGACAAGUCAGGGUCUGAUUUUCAACGACGACCAGCCCCUGCCUGACCAGGACGAGGUCGAAGUACCUGUUAGCAAUGGCGGCAGUGCCACAGUAGACGCGCGCUCCGUUUUGAGUAGUUGCAGCGGAGACGUUUCCCUCGGACUUGAGGACCAAUCGCAGGAUCCGGCACCACAUUCCCCAAAAAUUUCCAAACAAGACAUAUCGCAGGCAGCGGUUGAAGUACUCCUCUCCGAGAAGUUGCAGUUUCUUGAGCAGCAGGUGCCCAAUAUUGAUGGAAUUUCUGUCGAUGAAGAGGAAGAGUCGAGCCUCACUGAAGUGGAACAGGUUGAGGCAAUGAAAAAGAUGCCCAAGGUGGUAAAUUCAAGUGACCUGCCCGAGGUCGAGCAGCCACUUGAGAGCGCCCCUGCGGCGAAGGAGCCUGAGUCGCAGAAAGAGCCGCAUGUGGAGGAGUUGACCCCGGUGACGGCAGUCGAGAUGACGGUCCGCUUGCCAAAGGCGCCUCUGGAGCCGCUCGGCAUCGCCGUCGAGGCUGAGGCGGGCCUCUUUGGCGGCGCCCUCGUCAGCGCCGUGCUGCCAGGCGGCGCCGCUGACAGGCACGGAUCGCUCAAAACUGGCACUGAGUUGUUGGCAAUCAACAACGAGAACCUGCGCAGGGUCAGCCAAGCGCAGACCAGCGCCAUCCUCCGCAGAGCUGCCCUCCUUUCAACUGAAGUUAGUGUCACGUUUGUGCCUGCACCGCCCUUGGUGGAAUUCAGCCCCUCUGCAGACUGCCACCCCAUCCCCUUCGCACCUGCCGCCGCCGGUCUGCCCAGCAGCAAAACAGUGCCACCUCAGCUGCCUUCCGUCACACAGCAUCAAUCGUUGAUCUCACCAAGGAUCUUUCCAAACUACUAUCGCCCUCCCACGGUUCCGCCGCCUCCGCCGCCGCAGCCGCAGUCGGAAGAGGAGGAAAACCCUUCAAAUGAUGAAGAACGCCCUCUCAGCCGGACUGAAGGCGCUCUAGAGGAGGAGCAAGAGGACAAGACUGACGCCAAGGAGUGCGUGACUGUGAUCAGCGUUGACCACGGCGCACCGCCGCCGCCGCCACCGCCCACGUCUCUACCCCCUCAGGUGCCAUUACCGCCUCCAAACCCGAGGCCAAGAAGCAGAUCACGAACCGAGAUUUUGAUUGGAAGUGACGACUUGCCGAGGAUUCAAAGCGUUGAGAUUUCUGCACCUGUUGGCCCGGCAGCAAGUCGGUUGCCCGAGGAGCGCAAGCCUAAAAUGACAAUUACCCAGACUUCGGCGGCAGGAAAACCAGGGCCCAACAUGGCUAAGCAUUGGGGUCCCGAACGUCUUGUUGAAGUGCCAAGAGAGCCAAACACUAGCCUUGGCAUCAGCAUUGUCGGUGGAAAGGUGGACUUAUACAGUGCAGGCCCAGAUAGUGGCUCUGCCAUAUCCGGAAUUUUCAUCAAGAACGUGCUGCCUAAUAGUCCCGCUGGCAGGACUGGAGAGCUCAAGACAGGCGACCGCAUUUUGGAGGUGGACGACGUUAACCUCCGGACGGCCAGCCAUGAAAGGGCAGUUGAAGUUAUCAGAGCCGCAGGGAACCCUGUCAGGUUCCUUGUGCAAUCAUUGAUCCAAUGGACCAUGGACAGUGAGACGGAGAGCUUAGGCGGUCCGUCCACCUCGGCCACGCCUCUUGGAUUCAGGGAAAAAAGUAUCCCUCCUGAAGUACCUAUGUCGGUAACUCCGCUGCCUGAGUUGAUUCAGGAGGGCAUUGACGACCUGGCGAAGCAAGGCCAGAACCAUGUUAGCGAAUCAGUGGGAAACGAAAAUGCUGCGCCCGCACCCAGCAAGCCGGAAGCCCCCAAGAAAGCAGAAAAGAAGUACUCAAGUGACGAAAGUUCAGAUGAUGAGGACACGAGAGACAUGGAAGGUCGAACCACCACGAAAGGGGGAGAGGAGAUUAUGAGAUCCAGUGCUGGAAAUGUCAAACGAACAGCUGAAGAGAUUGCUGCUGAUCCGGAGCAGGAGGACAUCUACGGAUACACCAUCAAUAAAGUGAAGAAGAAGUACGGAGCUCUGCCUGGCACACUCAUGGUCGCGGCCCUGGAAAAAGGUCAACAUGGGCUGGGCAUCAGCUUGGCCGGCCACAAGGAUCGAACCCGGAUGGCAGUGUUCGUGUGCGGCCUUAACCCCCAAGGAACCGCCUCCAAGGAGGGCACCCUCAAAGUCGGAGACGAAAUUCUUGAAGUCAAUGGCUGUGUCGUGCAGGGAAGAUGUCACUUAAACGCCUCCGCAAUGAUCAAGGGCCUCGCCGGGCCGCUCUUCAAGGUGAUCGCUCUGAGACGAGAUUCAGCGCUUGGAGAGCUGGCCGUAAAACCAAUCACUCAGUUCCCGGUUACCUUGGAUGAUGAGACCAUCGAGGAGAGGUAUGCCAAAUUCAAAAACCUCAAAACUGUGACCAUCAAGAAGGGCCCCCAAGGCCUGGGCAUCAUGAUCAUUGAAGGAAAACAUGCCGAAGUCGGGCAGGGUAUUUUUAUCUCUGACCUCCAGGAGGGAAGUGCAGCUGAACAGGGCGGAAUCACCGUCGGAGACAUGAUUCUCCAGGUCAACAAAGACACGCUCGUGGGUUACAAUUACGAUUCUGCCGCUGCCUUGCUGAAGAGAACCGAAGGUGUCGUCACCCUGGUUGUGUGCAGCCCCAACAAAAAAGAAACCAAACCAGGUUCUAAAUCGUCGUCCGUCUACUUCUCAACGAAUUCCGCAUCCUUGCCGUCGAAACCGUCGCACCUACCUGUCACGACGUCACGCUCACCUUCGACUCCGUCGGCGUCGCCGCUGCGCGGAUCCAUCUCGCCUGCAAUGGCAACCAUGAACUCGCGCCCGAAAUCGCCGCAUUUGCGCAAUACAGAGGAACCACCUGAGCCCCCAGCGGACCCCGCCACCUGUCCUAUUAAGCCCGGCAAGGAAACCACUAUCGAGGUCAACAAGGACAAAAUGGGUCUCGGCCUUAGCAUUGUCGGCGGUUCGGACACCCUUUUGUCGGCAAUCAUCAUCCACGAAGUUUACCCUGACGGUGCUGCUGCCAAGGACGGACGCCUUCGACCUGGUGAUCAAAUUUUGGAGGUGAACACAGAAGACUUUAGGAGUAUCACACAUACCAAAGCGUUAACCGUUCUCAGACAAACUCCAGCUAAGGUAAAAAUGGUGGUGCUACGUGAAGAAGCUGCCAAGGAGGAAGACCGGUACGAUGCAUUGGACGUUGAAUUGGUCAAGAAGCCCGGCAAGGGAUUGGGUCUCAGCAUAGUUGGCCGCAAGAACGGCACUGGUGUGUUCAUUUCCGACGUGGUGCACGGCGGUACUGCGGAAGCUGACGGUCGCUUGAUGAAGGGCGACCAGAUCCUGGCAGUCAACGGUCAAGACCUAAAGAGUGCCUCACAAGAAGAAGCUGCCGCCGUCUUGAAAACGGUGGCCGGCAAAGUUAACAUGAAGCUCGGCCGCUUGAAACCCGCGCGGAAAGGUGGUGCUGCCAACGGCACUGACAAGUUGGAGCCUGAAGAGCCUCCGCUGGACAGACUAACGCCCCCUCCCAUUCCGCCCCUGCCGACCGCCUCGUCCAUCGCUGCCGCCGCUUCCGUUGCCACCCCUCCGCCCCCGCUAGCGUGCCGCGAGGUGCGGCUGGCCCGCGGGCCGGACGGCCUCGGCUUCAGCAUCGUCGGCGGGCACGGCUCUCCGCACGGCGACUUGCCCAUCUUCGUCAAGACCGUGUUUGAGAGCGGCGCCGCCGCCACCUCCGGCGCCAUUCGGCGCGGCGACCAAAUCGUCGCCGUGGACAACGUCUCGCUGGAGGGGCUGACGCACCACGAGGCCGUCGCCAUCCUCAAACACGCCACCGGCUCCGUCGUCACGCUCACCAUUAAGCCGUGAACAGUUUCAAUUCGAAAAUUCUUCCAUCGCUCCACUCUUGUCGGCUGACAAAGAUGCCUCAAAGUGCCAUUUUUCCACUCCUCAAUUUCGCAACCCCUUCACUUUCCUUGAAAGAUCCGUUUAAAGGGAAUAAUCGGCUCCGUCAUUAUUUCCAGAUCUCAUCUCUCUGUCUCAAUCUCAUCCUAUCCUCUCAUCCCGACCAAAAGUGAACCGGGGGGGAAAUGGCAUUUUGACAAAUCAAGCUGAACCAUCACUUUGAUUCGAGAUCUCGGUAUUUUUUAAUGUGCAGUGCUCGGCAAUGAAAAAGAACGCUCGGAUUAUUUUAGCAAAAUGGGACCAUAGGAGUGAUGUGACACAAAUAGUUUUCUCUGCUACUUUGUACAUAAUUGACACGGAUACUUAAUUGCUAAAUUAAGGAUCGAGCUCGGUUGUGUUGUUAUAUUUUACGCCCCUUUCCCCCUUUUUAAGCCGCUGAAAUUGAUAUAAAUGACACCUGUCCGCUCUCGUUACACGAAAUUGUUGUAUGAAAACCCCCUCGACUCUGCGAUAUUUAUAUACACUGGAAAAGACUCCUGACUAACUAAAAGAAUGUUCGCCUCAACGAGAUGUAAUUGUCAUUUAACUAAGUUGUAAAAGGCAAUAAUGAAUGUUCUUGUAUGCAAGAGGAAAGCUUUUUAUUACUGUAGAGUGAAUCUCUUUUUAUUAUUGACUACUACUCAAAAGAGAGGAAAACAAAGCGGUAGACUUCUUAAAUUAUCCAAUGGUUACUAAGAUGUAGCAGCUCUAUUGUUAUGAAGUUUAAUAUAAAUUCAAAGUGGUUAAAAAUAUACUUAAUUAUAAUUUAAAAAGCAAACAUCAAGUUGAAAACCUGCGGCCAUAUCAAACUACAAAUUACUUAUUGAGAAUGCUUAUUAAUUGUUUUUAAUGUGGAAAAAGAAAGAGGUUAUAUAUUAUAUGAGAGAUUAAACUCUGUUCAAGUUGUAUCUUCUGCCAUUGUGUGUGCCGUACUCUUAGGAAAUGAUAGAACUCUUUAUUUACUCAGUUGCAAAGACUCUUAUGUUAAUGUUGGUACGAUGUUUAAACUACUUUUUUCCCUAGCGGAAAAGAGAAUUCAACAAAUUUUAAAUGUGAAUGAAAAUUAAUAAAAA